AUGGAUGCUCAGUAUCCCUUUGCCUCACGCGACGAUAUCUGGCGCGUUUUUGAAGAGUUGAAAGAGCUCCACGCUGCGCAGUUUGAGCAGGCAGAACGCAUUGCGAGACUUGAACGGAGGAGGGACGAGGAUGCGAGGUUGAAGAGUGUUUGGGGUCCUUUGUCACCGUUUCCUAGCUCUGUUGGUGGAGCGGUUCCUACAGAGCCUGUGUUCCAUUCAAACGUCGACACAUUCAAAGGUUUUGAUCAAGGACAGCACCAAGGUGUGGCUACUAUGGGGUUGGAGAGCGAGUAUGAGCCGAGGCGGGGCACGUCGAGAGCGAACAGCGUUCGAUUCGACGAGAGUGCUAUCCACGGGUAUUACGGACAGGCCAAUCGGUCCAGCAGUGAGCUCCCAAUCAGGACGGGAAGUGGAAUGGGGAGUCUUCCUCUGACCGAGCGGUCGCUUUCACAUCGGUCUGAUGGGAGACAAAGCUCGUCGGGAUUCUCACACCACUCUGCCCGGACAAACAGCCUGGGGUUAGAAACGACCAGCAGAAUGAUGAGCUCUAUAAUGAGCGACUCGCCUCUUAUUCCUCCACCUGGACUAUUUCUUCUAGGACCCGUCCCGGCGAUUAUAAGAUGCUGGAUGACCACGAAUUUCUCAAACGACUCGCUCCUAUAUGCUGCUGCGUGCAGUGGCUCCUAUAGGUCGUUGCUGGCGUAUCCCAUGGUACAAAAGUUAGGUCUAGAGGACCAGCUAGUGCAGGAAGGAGACUCGCAGUAUAUCAAGCUACCAAUGUACCUCCCCGAGGCUAGUGUGCACCAAGCUUCGUCGCGCUCAAGUAGUCCUGAGCCUCAAGUGCCUACUGUGACUAUCCGCUUCCUCGUGUACAACGCUGACACGAGCGAACACUCUGUGCAAAUAAUUCUCGGGAGCGACGUCCUCCGUGCUCACAAUGCCGACAUCAUGUUCUCGCAGGACAAGAUCAUAAUGGUGGAUGAUGACAGGAACAAGGUCUCUAUUCCUCUGGUGAGGCCUGAAAACGAUUCUGUGUUCAAGUCUCUGCAAACGGCGUCGAGCGACUUGGGUGCUGUGUCCCGGACAUCGCUGGAGUUGAAGAGUGAGAAUGGUCAUUCUAGUGUCGGUGUCAUUGGCAAGCCCACUGGGUCCUCUGAACAGGUUCCGCCAGCUCCAUCUGCUGGUCGGGAUUUUGCUGAAGAGUCUGACUAUCGAGCCACGCGGUUCUCCAGCGAUUCCGAGCACGCUAGAGAAAACGGCGGCCCGACCCUGCAAGCCAGACCUCCGGUGGCGGUGGACACACAAGCGAGUGGUACUACGAAGGUUGAACCAGCUGGGGUUUGGGGCUCGUGGAAACGCGAUGCCAAGGGGGAUACAAAUGCUGGAGCAGGGAAACCCUCUCGACCACGCACGAUGAAGGUGCUGCGGCCGUCCAAGCCGUCGAAUCGCAGUGUUUCGGCUACUGGGCCUGGCAGCUUCAAUACCGAGACUACUGGACCGUCAUCGUCACAGUCUGGGUCUGCGAUCACGUCGCCUGAUGGGACUCGUGGUCCGAAACCGCUUACUCCUAACCCGAUUGGCGGUGCGUCGGCCUUUCCUUGGCUUAAAUCAUCCUGA